GGAACGUGCCCGUUAAGUUUUCCAAUAAUAUAAUCAAUAGCAAAGAGUAAAAUCAAUAGUGUCUAACCAUAUUUAUAUAUCUAUCUAUCUCAAAUCAAAACAUACAAAUAACGGAAGAGUGAGGGAUAAAUCAGAUAAAUGUCAUUGUAUAAGAAAAAAAAAUAAGUUAUUUAAUAAAUGGCAGGUAUUGCAAGGGAUUAUAUUACUUCUGCUAGACAGCUAGCAUCAAUUGGCAACUACUGUAAAGCUAUUGAUUUUUAUAUUUUGGCUUUUGAACAAAAUCCACAAUUAAAAUCGUUAUUAGAAGAAGAGUUUAGUUCUGUUCUCGUAAAGUGUAAUGAAAUACUAGUGGAGGAGAAAAAUAUUAAGAAAAUAAUCGCCAAUUUUACUAAAGCAAUUAAUCUGUUUCCGGAAAAUAUUUUUUUUAUAAACGAAGCUGGGCGGCACCUUUUUAUGUUCGGUUUUUAUGAAGAAGCCUGGAGGCAGUUUCAACUGGCUCUCACUACGGAUUCCGGUUCUGUUAGUGCAGAAAAAAAUUUAAACACAGUAAAAAAUUUACUGAUUGAAAGGUGGCAUUUCAGAAUGUUGAAUGAUAAUGUUCGCAACGAAAGCUACCGUGCUGCUAUUCACGAAAAGAUUAAGCCAAAAAAGACAAGAGUCUUUGACCUUGGUACAGGAACUGGGUUACUGGCGAUGUAUGCAACUGAGUGUAAGCCACUUGCCAUAACAGCUUGUGAUAGUUCUGCUGUUAUGACCACUCUCACCGAGUGCGUAUUGGCCGAGAAUAGAUUACUAAUGUCUGUAGCAGUUAAAAACAAAAUGUCUACUGAAAUGACAGCCUCAGAUAUUGGCACAAAGUGUUCUCUACUAAUCACUGAAUUAUUCGAUGCAGGCUUGUUUGGAGAACACAUCUUGCAAGCUUUGGAUCAUGCUUGGGAAAAUCUUUUAACUGAUGAUGCUGAAAUUGUGCCCAAAAAAGCGGAAUUCUUCAUUGUUGGUGCUCAUUCUGAACUUCUCAAUGCUAAGUAUCAAUUGCGACAAAUGACCAGAAAUAUUUUAAAAUUGCAUCCUCUUCUUCAUGUCCGUGUGUUUGCAAAUAAUGAAACCUACGAUUGUGAGGAUGUGUACAUGUACAAGGAUUUGAAAUAUAUGACUAAACCACAAUCAGUUAUCAAAAUUGAUUUUAAUAGUUUGGAAGACAUUAAGGAAAAACUUUACAAUUCAGACACAAAAUAUAUUGUAAAAUGUAAUGCAUUGGAAAGUGGUCAGAUUAAUACCUACAUUGGUUGGUUCAACUUGGAUUUGACUGAAAAUAUAAGUAUUACAACAGACCCAACAAAUGAAGGCCGAGCCAAUGCAUGGCAACAAGCUGUUUUCUUUGAUACUGUACCAAUGGAUGUUAAGAAAGAUGAAACAAUUACUCUUGACUUCCGUUUAAAAUCUGAAAGGUUGACUUUGAUGCCUGAGAUACCAUGUGAAGUUAUUAGAGCUUCUCCAGAUGCAUUGCGAUUCUUAAAUGAUACUGAUUAUGUGAAAAUGAUAAAGAACUGUAUCGGAAUGACAUGCAUUUACUUGGGACAGACGACUGAUUUAUCUGAAGUGGACAUAAUUGAUUUAAACCCAUUCCCCUUGUUCGGAUUUUUAAUGCUUCAGAGAGGUAUUAAAUCUCUAGUUUGUUAUGCUAAAACUCGUGAAGAUGAAGACUUUAUUAUAACAGCUUUUGGAACUAAUGAUAUGAAGUUGAGCAAUGUCACCAUUUUAAUUGGAGAUCAAUGGUCACCGGGGGAGACACUGUCAAAGAUGAAAUUUCAUGUAAUAUUUGUUAAUUUAUUAGAACUUUGUGGAGAUAUAGACAUGAGAUUUAAAGAAAUGGCACAAAAUUUGAAAAAUUCUCAUCUGAUCCCAGGAGGACUGUUCAUGCCUUCCUCUAUAACAUUAAUGGGGCAAAUUGUAAAUAGCAAGUGGUUGGACGUCUCAAACAGAGUUAAUGAUAAAAAUUUGGGUUACGUGGUAUCCAAAUACGUCAACCAAUAUCAAGUUUCACAAAACUUUCACCUGGAUUAUACACAUUUGGAGUAUAGACCGUUAACUGAUCCAGUUGUAAUUGGUAUUUGCAAUCACAUGACACCUGAGGUUCUUAAUGUGCCUGUAAUAGAUGACGGUGAUGCCAAUGCUUUACUGUGCUGGUAUGAAAUUGAAUUGGUAAAUGGCUAUAAAACAAUAUCCACCAAAAGGCCCUUUAGUUUUAUAGACGGCACUGCCUUUUUGGCGAACCCACCUAUUCCUCUAGUUUCUGGCGGUAUUGCCAACAUACUCCGCUGUGUUGAUAGUGAUGGCUCAUAUAAAUUUUUAAUUGAUGAUGAAAAUACUUAAACACGUUAAUUACGAAUGUCGUGACAAUUACACAAUAGAAGUUAAAAGUGUUGAUUUAGUUUUCUAAAACAUAUUGAAAAGAAAACUAUAAUUUUGACUUACAGUCUGUUUUUAUAUCUAAACAGGGAGGUCUAGUCAUAUUUUAUAUCUAUUUACAUUGAUUCAUAAAAUUUAUAUAGUAUAAUCCUUAAAACACAGAAAAGUAAUUCUUGAUACAAAUAUUUUUGUAUUGUAAAAAAAUUCUGUCAGUUAAUCGUUACAAUAAUCUCUAUUUUUAUUAAUGACGAGCUAUGAAAACAGUGAUAGAUUUAUCAUUAUGGAUGUAACAGGGUUGGGAGAUGUGAAAAAAUCUCAAGGAUGGCAUAUAAUUGUUUAACAUUUUAUGUAAUCAAUUUCUACUAAAUGUUGUAGACAGUAGAAACAGCAUCAAUUUAGAAAUAUUAGUAGGACUGUGGCUAUGAGAAAAAUUGUGUAGAGGCCUUUUGGCUAUAAUCGAGAAGAAUGCAUUGGAAGGCCACAUUGGACUUAAAACUGUCUGUAGUCAAUGUAACUAUGUGUUUAUGUUAUGCACUUGCAACCAACUCUUUGUGUUUAAAUUUUAAAUAGGUAGUGACAUGUGGAAUUCAAAAUUGAUGUAUUGUAGUUUGAAAUUAUUUGUAGAUUUGAAAAAAUGAUAUUAAAUGUUAUUAUAUAAAGUAAACAAUCAAUGAAUGUUGUAAUAUUAAUAUGUUAGUGCAGUUAUGUUAUUUGACCAUACAAUUAUAAACUAUGUAUUAAUGUAUUCUGGAUGUUUAUUCAAUAAAGGACUAUAUCAAAA